AUGUCAUCCAACUCUGAUGCAAAGUCCUUCCCUCGCCCAACAGCGGGGUAUACCCAAUCGUUUUGGCGCACGCAAUCAGACCCUCUGGAUAACCACCAAACGACUCCAGACCUGCCAGAAGAAAUCGAUAUCUUAAUUAUUGGAAGUGGCUAUGUCGGAGCCUCGGCAGCUUAUCGUUUGCUUGCAGAGAACCCGCAAAAUCCAACUCCCCGGGUGGUGUUAGUUGAGGCGCGGGAGCUGUGUUCUGGUGCCACCGGGCGCAAUGCCUUGUUCGCCAAGCGCUAUGGUAUCGACGCAGCAGCGGAGAUCGUGCGGUUUGAACUCUCACACCUGAAGAUCAUAGAGGAGCUGGUCCGUAAAGAAAAAAUCGAUUGUGAUCUUACUUUUACACGCUCCUAUGAUAUGUAUCUCGAUGAAAAUCAGCUCAACGAGGUUAAAACCUUGUACGAUUCGUUGGUUGACCAGGAACUGGACUUUAUGGAUGAUGUUCAAUGCCUAUCUCAAACCGAGACCCGAGACACGGCACAUGUUCGAGACGCCAAGGGAGGCUUCAGUUUCCCAACAGGCCAUCUCUGGCCUUACAAACUCGUUGCCCAUCUCAUUCGUGUUGCCGUUUCGCACGGCCUGAACUUGCAGACCAACACACCUGUAUCUGGAAUCGGGGAAACUCCAAAUUUAGAUGGAUUCUGGCCAGUAACCACUAGUCGUGGUGUCAUUAACGCGCGGAAGAUCAUCCUCGCUACAAACGCAUACACAAGCGCCUUGGCCCCGCAAUAUUCUAAAGCUAUCAUUCCAUGCAAGGGGGUUUGUAGCCAAAUUGCUGCGGCACCUGGUGCACCCCGUCAGGAACUGCCUGGUACUUAUUGCAUUCGAUCUGGUCCGGGGGCGUACGUUUAUCAAAUUUCUCGGAAUGACGGGUCCCUCAUCAUCGGCGGAGCGUCGCAUCUUUACGAAGAUAAUAGGGAGGAGUGGUAUAAUAACCCCGAUGAUGGGAAGUUGAUUAAAGUUGCUGCGGAUUAUCUUGAUGGGUAUAUGCAGCGCACGUUCAUCGGAUGGGAAGAUAGCAAGGCGGAGAUCAAACAUAUCUGGGCUGGUGUCAUGGGAUACAGUGCAGACUCGUUGCCUCAUGUUGGUGGUAUUCCUGGUAAACCGGGUCAGUUUAUCGCGGCUGGGUUCCAUGGUCAUGGUAUGCCUGUGGCAUUCUUGUCUGGUAAGGCGGUUGCGGAUAUGGCGCAGAGCUCGGUUCCAUUUGAGGAGACUGGUUUACCCAGAUUGUAUAAGACGUCUCUUGCUAGACUGGAUCCAGUUUACGAUGACAUCCUAGGUUAG